GCCAAUCAGCAAGCCAGGGACUCUGCGCGCUUUAAGGCAGCUGCCUGGAGAACAGAAACCAAGUUCCCCGGCAACGAGCAGCAUCCACCCGGCGGGAGGCCGGAGCCAGCGAGGCCCGAAAAGCUUCGGAGUGAGCCGGCCGGCCGUUCCUUUCCCAGCGCACGCCCUACUCCUCCUCCUCUUACUCGGCCGCCCGCGCCCAAGUCUCGACUCUUGAUUUCGCCUUCGCAAAGCCUAGGGAGGGGGUUAGGAGCAGACGCGCCCUCAUCCCUGCAGCUGCCUCGCCCUGCUUUUUCGGUUUUGCUCCCUGCCGCGUGCGCCCGGGCGGUGCGCCCCGGCAGGCCCAAGCCAUGUCGAUGCUGCCAUCGUUCGGCUUCACGCAGGAGCAAGUGGCGUGCGUGUGCGAGGUUCUGCAGCAAGGCGGGAACCUGGAGCGCCUGGGCAGGUUCCUAUGGUCUCUGCCCGCCUGCGACCACCUGCACAAGAACGAAAGCGUGCUAAAGGCCAAGGCCGUGGUCGCCUUCCACCGCGGCAACUUCCGCGAGCUCUACAAGAUCCUGGAAAGCCAUCAGUUCUCGCCUCACAACCACCCUAAGCUGCAGCAACUGUGGCUGAAGGCGCACUACGUGGAGGCUGAGAAGCUGCGCGGCCGGCCCUUAGGUGCGGUGGGCAAAUACCGGGUGCGCCGAAAAUUCCCGUUGCCGCGCACCAUCUGGGACGGCGAAGAAACCAGCUACUGCUUCAAGGAGAAGUCACGGGGCGUUCUGCGGGAGUGGUACGCGCAUAACCCCUACCCCUCGCCGCGUGAGAAGCGGGAGCUGGCCGAGGCCACCGGCCUCACCACCACCCAGGUCAGCAACUGGUUUAAGAACCGGAGGCAAAGAGACCGGGCCGCCGAGGCCAAGGAAAGGGAGAACACCGAAAACAAUAACUCCUCCUCCAACAAGCAGAAUCAACUCUCUCCUCUGGAAGGGGGCAAGCCGCUCAUGUCCAGCUCAGAAGAAGAAUUCUCACCUCCCCAAAGUCCAGACCAGAACUCGGUCCUUCUGCUGCAGGGCAAUAUGGGCCACGCCAGGAGCUCAAACUAUUCUCUCCCGGGUUUAACGGCCUCACAGCCGGGCCACGGCCUGCAAGCCCACCAGCAUCAGCUCCAGGACUCCCUACUGGGCCCCCUCACCUCCAGUCUGGUGGACUUAGGGUCCUAAGAGGGGAGGGACUGGGGCCUCAACACAGUGACUAGGGACACUUGUAAAUAGAAAUCAGGAACAUUUUUGCAGCUUGUUUCUGGGGUUAUUUGCGCAUAAAGGAAUGGUGGACUUUCACAGAUACCUUUUUAAAACUCAAACCAACAGUGAUCUCAAGCUUAAUGCCCUCUUCUCUUCGACUCUUUCCAGUUUUGCAUUUCCCCUCCCAGUGUGGAGAUCAGGAAAAAAGAAAAAACCCAAACAAACAAAAACAUCCAGUCACCCAGCCUGAUUCUUGGCAACCCGUGUUCCUGCUUCAGUUAUGUCUCUCUUUUCUUUCUUUCUUUUUUAAAAAAUGAAUGAGAAUUACAAAGCAACUGGAUUUUAAUUAUUUCCUUUUAAUUUAUUUAUGGAAAAAUGUUUGGAGAAUAGGAAAAGGAAAUGAAAACAAGAGAGAAAGAGAGAGAGAGAAGUCAAAAUCGUGAAAAGAGCCUCCAGCCUGGGAGGAACUGGUUGCAUUCUUAAGAUGAAUAGGAAAAUUAUGAUCUUACAACUUUUUUGAUGGGGAAAAUUAAGUUUACAUUUUUCAUAUUUAGUGUUAAACAAUUUUAUGUAGAUUAAAAUGAAAGAACAGUAUUAGGGGGAAAAAACAAGUGCCUAAAUGUCUUAAUGCUCUCAAUGUGAGGCAGUUAGAAGUAGAAGUGACCAUUAGAAAUACAACUAUUUUUGUCAAAUUUAGUGUGGUUUUUUGGUUGUUGUUUGUUUUCUUGGGUUUUUUUUAUGGCAAACUUUAAAAAUGUACCAAUGUGAAAAAACACUUUCCUGAAUGCCAUUACUUCUUAUGCCCUCAAAGCUUUCAUAUCUGUAACCCACCCCUGUUAAGGGUUUCUCCUGUUCCUAGUUUCUAGCUUGCAACAAUACACAACAAAUCUGGCAACCUGGUUUUUGUUACUAAAACAGCAUGUGUUUUCAGGUUUCUUUUCUAUUGUACCUAAACCAGUCUAAAUUAAAACUUAGUAGAACACCA